AUGCCGAGGAUGGGUGGAUGUCGGCACAGGGCUGCCAGGCCAUGGAGAGCUGGCGAUGAGGGUGGCAGGCCCCAGGGCCGGACCGGGGCCGGCGGAGGUGGUUGUUGGCGGUUGUUGGGCGGUGCUGAUCAGGCAGAGGGCAACGAUCAAGAAGCCGCCUUCAUCUCGGAUGGAAGCGGGCGGAUGGACGGCAACAGUGUGGCUGGCUGGCGGAUCACAGAUUGUGCCAACGCUGGACAAGGGAUAGAGGUGCGAAGGGGUCGAGGGUUGGACAUGGAUAUGGAUGCGGACAUGGACAUGGGACAUGGACAUGGGCGCGAGAACGAGACCGAGAAGGGCCAUGGCAUGGGCUCAAGAAAGAGGGCUGAGCUGACAGGCAAGCGCCCCCUCUCUCAACGGCGACGGGACCGCCGUCACCAGCACCAGAGCAGCAGAAAACAGCCCACAGUAGAAGCAUCAGAAGCACCGGCUCCAAGACGGGACACGGACCAGGCCAUGCGCGGUGGCGACUGCGGUAAGGAUGACAUGGGAACAUCAAACCCGGGGCAGGGCAGGAUCAGCGUAACCGGUGGUGGUGGCGGUGGUGGUAGUGGUGGUGAUGAUGGGUGGUGGUGA